AGACUUCCGAAUACACGUUAUUUUCAGCAAGCAUCAUGGCUACGGGUGAUUCCAAAUCAGAAUCUGCAGAUAAAUCAGAAUUAAAGGCGAAUUCGAGCAUUCCUUUAGCAGAAUUUGUAGAAGAUGUUGAUAGUUUUAUGAAGAGAGAAGAAAAUGAAUCGGCUGAAAAUGUUUUAGUAAGGCUGGAUGAACAACAUAGGAAAUAUAAAUUUAUGGAAUAUAAUAUAUUAACAAAGAAAAGCAGAUUGAAACAACAGAUCCCAGACAUAAAAACUUCAUUAGACAUAGUUAAACAUUUACAGUCAAGGAAGGAAUCCACCGAUCCCAUGGAAACCCAGUUUUUGUUAUCAGAUCAAGUUUAUGCAAAAGCUAAAAUUCCUCCAACAAAUAAAGUCUGCUUAUGGCUAGGGGCAAAUGUAAUGUUAGAAUACACAUUAGAUGAUGCAAAUGAGUUACUAGAUACAAACUUGGAUGCAGCAAAUAAAAGUUUAGCACAAGUGGAGGAAGAUUUGUGUCUGAUCCGAGAUCAAACCACUACAUUAGAAGUCAACAUGGCUAGGGUAUAUAAUUGGGAUGUAAAGCGAAGACAAGCGCUACAGGUUACCAAAUCAUAGCACCAAUCCAUCAAAUCCGGUCUGCAAUAGUGCUUUUUACACUGUGUUCAAUGCAUUAUCAUUUGGAACAUCAGCUCAUACAAGCAGUAAUUCAUUGGAGAUCAACCGUUCAGAGAAAGUGGAGAUCAUUUUAAAAACUUUUGUAUUUAUUCGGUUACAAUUCCUUUUAAUUCUGAAUUCUUUUUCAAAUUCAAAAAUGUUUAUAAUAUCAACUUUGGUAAUAAAAAAGUUUUCGACAAAGAUCUAAAAAAAAAACCACAUUUUAUUAAAAAGAAAUUAUAAAAUCAUUGCUACAGUUUCUGUUAAAGAUAUUUUAAUUGUAAAUUAUGACUUUAAAAACAGGUUCAAUGUUUGUUUAUGUUUAUAUAUUUACUGCCUACUUAUUAUAUAACCUGUGAUUUUGCUUAGAACACUGACUUAACCAGUCUAUAUAUGUGAACAAAAUUUGUGGUGUACUAUUACAUAUAUUUAUAAUUAACAAUUUUUUUUUGUAAAUACACAAAUAAAAGUACUGAAAAUGA